AUGCGACUGCUAUACUCUGCAAGCGAUGGGAGGCUCAGCUGGACCGACGACUUGCUCGGCGACCAGAUUCCCCCCUAUGCGAUCCUGUCACACACUUGGGAUGGGCAGGAGGUGGUCUAUAAGGACCUUCAGAACCACAAAGAUAUAGGGGAUGUUGAUGCAAGGCUCAAGGGGGGAUACCAAAAGAUUUUCUUCUGCGCUGCGCAAGCUAAGUGCGAUGGUCUAGACUACUUCUGGGUAGACACUUGCUGCAUAGACAAGUCAAACAACACGGAACUGUCAAAAGCGAUUAACUCUAUGUUCCGAUGGUACCAGAACGCUAGAAGGUGUUAUGUCUUCCUUUCAGACGUUGAGAACAACACUUUAGAAGGUGAUAGCGAGCCAGCGUUCAUGCAGAGCAGGUGGUUCACCCGAGGCUGGACCCUCCAGGAACUUCUUGCUCCCCACUCCGUCGAGUUCUUCUCUAAAGAGGGAGCGCGACUGGGGGACAAGGAGUCGCUCAAGCACCUCAUACACGAGGCCACAGGAAUCCCUAUCGAAGCUCUGUCAGGAAGCGACUUGUCCGAGUUCGACGUUGCCAAGCGGUUCUCCUGGGCAACAGAUCGACACACAACAGAAGAAGAAGAUGGAGCGUAUUGUCUGUUCGGCAUAUUCGGCGUCCACCUACCGCUGAUCUAUGGCGAAGGCAGAGAGAAUGCACUCGAGCGGCUGAGAAGUGCGGCUAUUCUGAAACAUAAGGACCGCAGCCAUGACCAAGAAGAGAAACUUAGCAAGAUCUGUAGUUGGCUCUCGGCGCCUGACCCGUCUACAAACUACCACAAAGCGCACAAGCAGCGGCAGGCUGAGACUGGGCUCUGGCUGCUGGAAAGCGCUAAGUUUACCGAAUGGAAGGAGAGUGCAGCGUCGCGACUAUGGCUGUAUGGGAUCCCAGGAUGUGGAAAGACGAUCCUGAGCUCUACUAUCAUCGAACAUCUGCUGCAGCACUGCCACAAUGACACUAGCACGGUGACGGUGUAUUUCUACUUCGACUUCAACGAUACACAGAAACAGGAUCCAGAGCUGAUGCUCCGCUCGUUGCUUUGCCAGCUUCUGCAGCGGUCGGUCGUGAUACCCAAGGGCGUCGAUGCGUUGUUUUCGUCCUGCAAGAACGGGCAACAGCAACCGUCAUUGCGUGCACUCCUAGACGUGACACGUCAGGUAGCGCAAGAGUUCGCGCACGUCUACGUCGUUGUUGAUGCUCUUGAUGAGUGUACUCAGCGCUCAGAGCUGAUGAACAUGCUUGAAACGGUGGCUGGAUGGCGGCUUGACAAUCUGCGCCUGCUUAUGACUAGCCGGAAAGAGCGGGAUAUCGAGAACUCCUUAGAGGAAUUCAUCAAGGAUGAUGACACUAUAUGUCUUCAGGGGGACGUAGUAGAUCAGGAUAUACAACUAUACGUUCAACAAAGGCUGCGUGUCGAUAAGGGCUUAGCAAAGUGGAACAAGGAUGCUGCUGUCAGGCAAGAGAUUGAGGAUGUUCUAAUGGGCGGAGCUCGCGGGAUGUUUCGAUGGGCCGUGUGUCAGCUGGACACACUAGGAAAGUGCUGCAAUCGAGCGAUGUUGCGCAAAUCUCUUGCUAGUCUGCCGCGGACGCUAGACCAGACAUACGACCGCAUUCUCUCCGCGAUAAGCGAGGAAUACUCUGAGUAUGCGAUGCGCAUUCUGCAGUGGCUGACGUUCUCUGCACGGCCGCUAUCCGUGGAAGAGAUCGCCGAAGUCGUCGCUAUCGACGUGGCGCGUGACCCAGCGUUCGACCGUGAUGAGGUGCUAGAAGACCCGCUGGAAGCGCUGGACAUCUGCUCUAGUCUGAUCACUAUCACGAAGAACGAAGCAGACAGAAGAUCAGGGCCUGCCCAACAGAUUAUCGCUCUAGCGCACUACUCAGUUCAGGAGUACCUCGUUUCGGACAGGAUCAGGCAAGGGUCAGCAAAGCAGUACAGCAUGCAGGAGGCCAAAUGUCACAAUGCGAUAACAAGAGGCUCUCUGAAGUACCUGAUCCAGCUCCAGCUCCCAUUAUCGAGAGAGACUUUUGAGGGAUGUGCGCUCGCAAGGUACACAGCGGAGUUCUGGAGCAGCCACCUUCGAAAGACAGGAGACGAGAUGGAACAAGUCAGUCAGCUAGCAAUGAGUUUAAUGGCCAGGGAAGAGCCCGCAUACCUCACCUGGAUCCAAUUGUAUGAUCCAGACAGUCCUUGGAUGGAACCAGAUCUUAGCAAAGGUCUCGAUAGCAUACCUAUGCCGCUUUACUACGCAGCAUUGUUGGGCUUUAGUACGAUUACAAGACUGCUGCUCCACAAAGACGCCGAGGUCGACGCACAGGGUGGAGACUACGGCAACGCACUGCAGGCAGCUUCAUACAAAGGCCAUGAGCAGAUAGUUGAGAUGCUGCUCACUAAAGGCGUAGACGUCAACGCGCAGGGUGGACAGUACGGCAACGCACUGCAGGCAGCUUCAGCUGGAGGCCACGAGCAGGUAGUUACGAUGCUGCUUGACAAAGGCGCCGACGUCAACGCGCAGGGUGGAUUCUACAGCAACGCACUAAAUGCAGCUUCGAAAGAGGGCCAUGAGCAGGUAGUCGAGACGCUGCUC